GUUGCCUUGGUCCAGUUUUGACAGACUUCGACUUCAAUCAAGCUCCAAGUCACACUUCAACUGUAAGCAGACGACAGCUCUUUUGCCGCCAAGAUGAUGAAGCUGAUUCUACUCGCUGCUCUCGUGGCCGUGACAGCCGCCAAUUGGACACCUGAUGAGUUUCAACUAGGCGGAUAUGGAAAUGGCGACAACAGCUAUUAUGGUCAAAGGUACGGAUAUGGUGACCGCAACGGAUAUCACCUGAACGGAUACAACAGCAACGGAGGAGGUUAUGGAUACAAAGGUGCUGGAUACGGAAAGCCUCAAUAUGGAGGAAAGAAGGGGUUAAUUUCCCCAUGGGGGUUUUUGUGAAACAGAUGCUGCGGAUAACCUUUAUUCUGCAGUGUGCACAGCCGGAUAUGACGACAUCAACCACGUGACCCAUACCAAACAGUUCCUUGCUCAUAUCAUUCUAAAUAUCUUUACUGCUUUUGCCCAUAAAUAGACCGGUGCAAUUUGGAAACGUAUUCUGUAUUACAUGUAUGAAAUUUUUCCUCGCUUAUGCAAUAAAAUAUGUGAUGAAGAUGUCA